CGCGAUGCUCCGCCGCCGCCUGCCCCUGCUCGGGCCCGGGCUGCUGCUGCUGCAGACGGUGUGUGCUGGGGGUCACAUCGCCAAGACCCUGGGCUACCUGGAGCUGGGCACCUCCGGCCUCCUCAAGGACGUCCCCUAUGGCACCCUGAAGCCCCCGGCGCUCGACCCCGGGCGGCUGAUCCCGGCAGAGCCCCCCCGGGGCACCGGGCGGAGCCCCUGGGACUGGCAGAAGAACCAGACGGCCGGGGAGCCGCCGAGCCCCCGCGCCCACCGCAAGCCCACCCUCAAGUCCAGCCGCACCAAGAAGAUUUUCGGCUGGGGAGACUUCUACUUCAACAUCAAGACGCUCAAGUUCAGCCUCCUGGUGACGGGCAAGAUCGUCGACCACAUCAACGGCACCUUCAGCGUCUACUUCCGACACAACUCCUCCAGCCUGGGCAACGUCUCCGUCAGCAUCGUGCCCCCCUCCAAGGCAGUGGGGUUCGAGGUGCUGGUGCCCGGCCCCCCCCAGCUCCCGCAGCCGCCGCCGCCCCCCCAGCAGAGCACCCUGCCCGAGGGGCGCCCGGCCAAGGCGCUCAACUGCCACGUGGAGUACGAGAAGACGAACCGGGCGCGCAAGAACAAGCCGUGCCUGUACGACCCGUCCAAGGUCUGCUUCACGGAGCACACGCAGAGCCACGCGGCCUGGCUCUGCGCCAAGCCCUUCAAGGUCAUCUGCAUCUUCAUCUCCUUCCUCAGCAUCGACUACAAGCUGGUCCAGAAGGUCUGUCCCGACUACAACUUCCAGCACGACAACCCCUACUUCGGCUGACGGCAGCGCGGCGGGGGGGGGGGUGGGGGGUGGGGGGUGGGGGGGUUGCUGUGCCCCCUUCACGGCUGCUCGGUGCCCCCCGUGACCCCCACACCGACCCCUCUUCGUCAUCGGAGCACCCCCGUGCCGUGUUAUGGGACGGCUGGUGCUGGGGGUCCCGGCCUCCCCCCCACUGACAUCCCAUCCCUGCAGCACCCCUGCAGCGCCGUGGGGUACAGCCAGCUCUGGGGAUCCCCCCUCACCUGCUGACAUCCCAUCCCUGCAGCACCCCUGCAGCGCCGUGGGGUACAGCCAGCUCUGGGGAUCCCCCCUCACCCACUGGGACCCCGUCCCUGCAGCGUCCCUGCACUGCUGUGGGGUACAGCCAGCUCUGGGGAUCCCCCCUUGCCCGCUGGGACCCCGUCCCUGCAGCACCCCAGGCUGGGGUACAGCCAGUGCUGGGGGUGCUGGGCCCACUGACACCCAUCACUGCAUCACUGGGGUACAGCUGGUUCUGGGGGUCCCGGCCCCCCCCCUGCCCAUUGAGACCCCCCCACCCACUGAAACCCCCUCACUGCAGCACCCCUGCAUCCUACUGGGGUACAACUGGUGCUGGGGGGCCCGGGCCCCCCUAACCCCUGAAAUCCCAUCCCUGCAGCUCAGGGGGUGCAGGCACAGACCCCCCCCCCAUGCUGGGGACCAGGCUGGGGCCCCCGGGGGUGUGGGGGUGAACUGGGGGGUUCAGCCCCCUGUGAUGUCACCUCUGGGGUGUCACGGGGGGCAGGUCAGGGUGUUGGGGGGGGGUCUCAGUCCUCACCCCAU